AUGUCAGGCCUUCGAUCAGAGUUUACCUACCAAAUAUCACAUCAUAUCGUUCCUGGCUGUGCACGAUUUGGUAAAAUUGAUGAUACAGGACAAUUAAAACUUAUUGUUGCAACAACAACAAAUAAGGUUAUAAUUCAUGACACUGCAACAAUCCUUAAUAUAAAUGAAAAAAUUCGAGCUUUAGAAGUAACAACGUUGAGUGGAACGUAUGAUGUGAUUAUCGUUGGUACAACAUGCGGUAUAUUAAUUUACGAUGCUUACAAUAAUACAACAUUAAUUCAACGUGAGCUUAUUGAUGGUGUUAAUUGCAUACAGGUAGGACACUUUAACACGGAUGAUAAGCUUAUACUCUGUGGUGGUAAUUGUGCCGUAUGGGGUUUAGAUGUGGAGGGAAAGGAUGCAUUUUGGACUGUAACUGGUGAUAACAUCUUAUCACUUUGUUUAUCAGAUAUCGAUAAUGAUGACAUUAAUGAGCUUAUUGUUGGUUCAGAAAGUUUUGAUAUUCGUAUUUUCAAGAAUGAUUUGUUACUUUAUGAAAUAACGGAAACAGAUGCCGUAAUUGGAUUAUGUGAUUUGGGUGAUGGUAUUUUUGCAUACGCUCUCAUGAACGGUACAUUAGGAGCCUACAAUGGGAAUACACGUUUAUGGAGGAUAAAAAGUAAAAGUCAAGCUGUAGCAUUAAGACAAUUUCCGGAUCCAAAAGUUUUGGUAUGUGCAUGGAUUCAUGGUAAGAUUGACAUGAGAGAUCCAACAACAGGUGAAGUAAAAUUGAAGGAAUCAAUUAACAAUCAACUUGCUACCACUUUUAUUACCGAUGAUCAACUAAUUGUUGUUUCCGUAGAUGGAAAUGUUCAUGGCUUUGUAAUUGAUAAGAAAGAAAAUGCAAUUAAUUAUGGACAAAAUAUGCUUCAUGAACUUAAUCUACAAAAAUACGAUUUGUUGGCAGAAUUGCAAAAUUACGAGCAAUGUAAGAAUGAAAUAUCAAAUGAGAAUGAGAGAAAUAAACAAAUCAUUCCGGCUAAUACCAUUUUGGAAACUUCUUUAACAGUAAAGAACGAACCAAACGCAUCAACCGUUGAAUUAGAACUGACCGUUUCCAGUAAUGCUAUCAUCCGAGCGGUCAUUUUAUUCGCCGAAGGUAUCUUCGAUGGUGAAUCGUAUGUUAUACAUCCAACCGGAAAUUAUUCUUCCUGCAUUGCAAUUCAACUUCACCCUAUCAAAGAUGUAGCUGUUGAUCUUCAUAUUAAAGCUUUUGUAGGAUAUGCCAAAAGUACUCAGUUAUACGUGUUUGAAAUAACACGCAACAUUCCACGUUUUGCGAUGUAUGCAUUGAGUGAAAAUAACGCAGUACAACCAGAAGGAAAAGCUGAAUUUCACAUUAACGAACGGCCGUCACGUUUAGCGGUUUGGAUUAAUAGCAACUUUUUGCUAACGAAUGAAAUUCUUUGCGAAGAUGAAUUUAAGCUAACUGUUAAUUUUAUCAGUUUACGAAACAACGAACCAUUAAUUAUUGAAAUGGAUGAAAACGGAAAGGUAAUAAUUCAAAACAACGAUAUCGAAUUAGUUGGUAAUAUCAUACAAUCAAUCGCUGAAACUUUUGGAAUUGCUGAAAUACAAACGACAGCACAAUUUCCUCAUGAAAUUGCUAAACUUAAUGAUAUUACGGAAAAGCUAUAUGAAAUGUACAUUAUGCGUGAUCGAUUAUCUGUAACGAUAGCCGAACGGUGUAAUUCGAUCAAGGAAAUGUUGGUGCGAGCUGAAGAUGCCCGAACUAUCAGUCAAUUCCGUUUGAUGAGUAAAUACUACCAAAAGAUGCAUACAUUGAAUCAGGCGAUGAUAGCUGAACAUCAAAUACGCUGUAAUAAUCACGAAGAACUGCUUAAACUUCUUCGAAAUCUUAAUAAAAUUAUCGAACAUGGCUCACGACUUCGAGUGGGUGCACCCGCCAGUCGAUUGAUUUCAGCAUGUCGAAGUGCGAUUGCCGAAGAACAUUUUGAAAUGCUUCAAAAAAUUAUCCUAUUUGGUGUAUGA